AUGAUUGUAUGUGACUCUGAUCUUCAAAUCAUGUGUGUCGAUGCCAGUAUCCCUGGUGCAGCCCAUGACUCCAGUGUGUGGCAGAGUAAUCCACUCAGCCAACACUUAAUUAGUUUAGCUGGUCCCGGUGGAGAUAGUUCAUUUUUAUUAGGUGACAGUGGAUACCCCUUGCGCAAAUGGAUGAUGACACCAAUUUUAAACACCACUGAGGGAACUCCACAGCAAUAUUAUUAUAAUUUGCAUGUAACUGCGCGCAAUACUGUUGAGCGUUGUAUUGGGGUGUUGAAAGCACGGUUCAGGUGUUUGCUUGCUGUUCGAGCACUUCAUUAUGCUCCGAAUACUGCAGGGCAAAUAGUGAACGCCUGCUGUGUUCUGCACAAUAUUGCGAACCGCGCCAAAAAUCCUGUCCUGCCUUUACUGCCUGAGGAAGUUGUAGCGGAGAAUUUGCGUCAAUAUCAGGUUCAAGAAGAUUUGAGAGCAGAGGCUGAGACCGUAGUAACGAUAGGUGGUCGGGUUAAUCGUGACCUGCUGGAAGGCCGGACCAUGCAGCAGGCACUUGUGAACAAAUUGUGGGCAGAAAGAUAA